UCCCCUGCUUCUCCUCUUAUCUGAUGGCAUUAAGAACUAAUUUUCAUCAACUGACCAGUGACCAACCAUCUCAUCGCCAAUGGCAUCUAAAAAUAGAGAGACGAAUGUAAAAGCAGUAAACUUUUAAAUGGUAGAGAUUCAGCAAGCAAAUAUCUUGACAUCACUUGACAAUUGAUCAAUUGCCAAUCAGAUCAAGUGUUCGAUUGUGAUAUAUGAAUCAUCCCCAUCUCAACAAAUUCUGAAAACAGAAACGACAAUGGAAGGAAACCAAAGAUUAUGAAAUUGAUACAAAACUCGACAUUUUCUCAAGAUUUCAAAACUGGGGAAGCCAAAGAGGAUACUCAUAUUAGGUUCGAUUCUGCCAGCUGAUUUCCUCAAUUUAAAAUCAGAAGAGGGAGCGUGGAUCCUCAUCGUAACCUCGUUCAGAAAGCUUCCCUAAUUCCAAAACCAACAAAAAUUGAAAAACGAAUGGACUGAAACAAAGUGCGAGGAAGAACUCACUGGGAUUCCAUGGUGGAGUCGUCAAAAGAAUGUGGGCAGGGCACUGGGUCUCUCCUUCCCGAGGUGAAGAGCGAAGCGGCGAGGACGUUGACGGUGGCGAGGACGUUGACGGCGGCUGAGAAGGGACUGGGAGGCUCUGUUUCGCGAAGCCUAAUUGAAGCCUCGAACCCAGAUGGAUUGCUGCAUUGCUGGAAGGCGGAGGGAAGGCGAAUCGGGAGAUUGACGGCGGUGAGGAUGUUGACGGUGGCGAGGACGUUGACGGCGGCUGAGAAGGAGCUCUGUUUCGCGAAACCUCGAGCACGAGCAGUCGUCUCCACUCUCCAGUCGAAGUGACGAAACCUUCCCCAAACGCGAACGGCGAACCCUAAGAGUUCCUUAUCCAAGAAAACGUCACCGUUCACUCCAAGCAGUUUCGGGUUUUCCGGGUUUUUAUCGGUUUUCGGGUUACACCAAAACCGAAACCGCUACUUACUGGUCCGGUUUGAAACCGAAAAACCAAAACCGCCAUCUGUGUUUUCGGUUCGGGUUCGGUUUAACCCGAAAACCCGAAACCGAUUGGACAGGCCUAACCGCAAUGCCCAAAAAAUCCGCCCCUAAAAUCUGCCCGUAUAAAUGAAAAUUAAUUUG